GCCCAUUCGGAAACAUGUCAACUAAGUAUAUUUUUGUACGUGUUUUUGAAAAAGUUUAGGAGGGAUUGCAGUGUGCUCGGUUCGGAUCAAUCGUGGGUUCUUAUUUAAUACGGUUUUCAGAGUCGUGGAAGCCUUUAAGCUCCUCCGGUAACAGGCUUAAGGCUUGUUUUAUCCGGCGUGUGUGCGUGUGAGUGAGGAGAAACGUCUUCGCCAAAAAUACGACCACGUUCAGAGGGAGGAGCGGCCCAAAUCUAAGUAGCGAUUCGAGUUCGCGAGGACCCACCACGACGGGUGUGUUUAACACCCCAUGUGGCCUAACAGUCUGUCUGGAGGUUGCAACCCUGAUGGGGAGUUGGCGUUCCCUGCGUUCAGCAGCGCUUGCGGCUCGGGUCCGAGUCCCGGCAUGGCUUCCUACCUCAAGUCUGCAGGACCGUACUCCGUCAACGGCAUCGGUCUGGCCAUGGACUCCCUGCACUCCUCCAUGGGCUACCCUCCAGGAAACCCUCGGAAGCAGCGGCGAGAACGAACAACCUUCACCCGCGCCCAGCUGGACAUCCUGGAGGCUCUCUUCUCCAAGACCAGGUACCCGGACAUCUUCAUGCGAGAGGAGGUGGCCCUCAAAAUCAACCUGCCGGAGUCGAGAGUACAGGUUUGGUUCAAGAACCGGCGCGCCAAAUGUCGUCAGCAGGUGAAGCAGCAUCAGCAAGCUCAGCAGCACAACGGUGCCGACAAAUCGGGAGCUGGAGGAACUCGAGGGGUCAGCAAACCCAAGGCUCCCCACCAUCCUCCAGCUGGAGGCACCACCACCACCAAGACACCAUCCAGCAACACCACGUCGUCCACCGCCUCCUCGCCAGCUCCUGCUCUUCACCGCGACAGCCCCGGGGCUCCCUACAUCAAGCCUCUGCUCCCUGGCACUCCGCCCAUCCCCGCGGUCUACUCAUCAGGUUCCAACGCAUCAAUAUGGAGUCCAGCAGUGAUAGACUCUUGCGUGGAGGCCCAGAGAGGGGUUGGUAGUGGAUACACAGGAGGAUCUGUGUCCUCGCCCACCCCCACCACCAACUGCUACCCUCCACCACACCAGAACUAUAACCCUUACUACUCCAGCAUGGACUACCUCGGCCCCUCUGCCAUCUCACACUCACAACUGAACCCGGAGACAAGCCUGGAGAGCUCCUGGGUGAAGCGGGAAGACUCGUCCUCAUGGUUCUACAACUCCACAGGGUGGGAUAGGAAAUGAGAAGAACUCCACCAGAUCCGGUACAGGAUGAUUGACAAGCGGCCUGAAAUUGGCCUGGGUCAACUCCAGGGGUGUUCCUUCUCCAGCUCCAGGGAGUCUGAAUAAUGUACAAACGUGUAUUGUGUGUAAAUACUCGCUGAGUGGAACUAGCAGCUGUGUGACGUGACGUGUACAUGGACGUGACACACAACAGAUAUACUACAGGCUGUGAUCUUGUAUCAAGAUACUUUCCUGCUCUGACACGCUUUCUCACAAAUUGUUACUCUGACCGGUUACACAACACAGUACAUAUUUCAGCUCGAUAUUAGUUUAAGUGUUGGCCCAUUAGAUAUUUGGUUUUACAAUAUUACUUCAUAUAUUAAUUUAAAAUUUUUGUUACAAUGCGCAUGAGACUGGUGAUUUGAUUCUGUGAAGCCGUGUUUACAUGAGGUUUCUAACAGUUGAAACAAUUGUUACCAAUUAAAAAUCUCUUCCACAUUUAUUGUCAAUAAGCUAUGAUGCCAACAAGAAUUUAACUCCCCACCAAGUGUUAAUCAAGAUCAAAGAAUACAUAACAAAUAAUAAUCAUAAUAGUACAUUUUCAACAUUAUAAACACCUCUUACCCCACCACCAUUACCGUACUCUGUCUAGAGGACCAUAGCCCCUGAAGGGUUAAAGACCCAGGCACACUCGCACACGCACUCACAGAUCUUGUGGUCUAGUUGCCAUGUUAAUCAUCUACAGUUGUUUCCAAUUUGCAUUGACUAGUUUUAUAAUUUUUAUUAUUCAGUUAAUUAUUUAUAUAUUUUCUUGGAACAAAAUAAAGGGAAUAAGUCCAAACACAAUUACUAAUGGAAAUACUAAAACUAACAAUUAAACAGGUCUGUUUAAAGGUCAGGAGGAUCAGAGCAAGCUACCCCUUGGAUUGUAUAGAGGAUCAAAAUGAUGCAGAUUUUCCCUUUAAUGAUUUAUGAAUAGAAUUUUAUUUAGGAAAGUAUAUAUCAACUUGAUUAGCAGAUUACUGUAAAUGCCAUUAGAACAGUAUAACAAACAUACGGCAACUCAUUUUUCACAUAGGUGCAGUAGAACACUAAAUCUUCAUCUCACUAAAAAUUGUUUUUUUAAAUGGUCCAUUCAACUAUAUAAAUACAUUUUAAGACGAAUUGUAUCUAUAUAGUAACUGCUCAGAAUAUUGUACUGCAGAUUGCGAUAAUUAACUCUGUUCUUCAUGGUAUGCAUUACUCUAAUAAAUUUAAUUUCUUAUUUAAAUUAAUUUUCAUUGAGAUUUGUGCACAUAUGAAAUGAAAAAAUAGUUGAUUGUUUCCUGGAAAAAUCUGUAUUGUUUUAUAUAGAUCUUAAUCAUAUAAACUGUUUGAACAAAUUUGUCCUAUUGUAUAUUAAAUCUGUCCAACAAUCUUCACUCUCCUUUGCUGAAUUGUAGACCGACAAAACCGCAACGUUAAAGCUGCUUGGCCUAUACAUAUAGACUUAACUUUUUACAUUUACGUAUUUAAGAAUUACAUAUACUCUACAAUCUGUGAGAAAGUUGUGUAAAGAGGCAUGUUUAUCAGAUUAUCUGGAUAGUUCAAACUGGAGAUGCAAGGUCUUGGAAUGUUAGUUAUUCAUUAUUAUUUUUACAACAUCCUAUAGUGAACGUAAAAAUGAUGUUUGUUAACAGUACGUUGGUUUAUGUUUUACAAUUUUAUACAAAUAUGAGUACAUAGUUACAAUACUUGUGUAGAAUAUUUUAAAAAUCCUUGUUUAUAAAUCUUUCAAAAGAACAUGGGAUGCUUAAAUAUCUAUUAUAAUAUACUGUAUUCCCAGAUUGUAAAGUUUCAAUAAAUUAUAGGUCAGUAUGUAUACUUUAAGUACCUCUCUCAAUUGGCUAAAACAAAUAUAUAUAUAUAUAUAUAUAUAUAUAUAUAUAUAUAUAAAACGUACAAUUGUUUCAAAACAGUAUCAAAAAAUAUUAGUACACAUCUAACAGUAUUCAAAUUCUGAUCAAACAAUUUUUUUUAUUUUGUAUUUUGACAUGAGAUAGAAUAUAAUAUUAUGUAAAAUGUCCAGAUACAAUACUAUAUUAUGUAGCGAUAUGAACAGAAUAAAGGCUUCAUAUAUCGACACAACUAAAAAUUAUAUUAGUUUUAUUUUUUUUACAAUAUAAUUAGUUUUACAAUAAAGUAUUAAAAAUUAGGAUAUUUUCAGUUUUUAUGUUCUGUCUUAAUGUUUCUUUGGUGCUCUCACUACUUUCCCUUUACAAUUAAAAAAAUUAAUUUUUAUUUUGUUUUGUGCAAAAUAUUAAUCAGCCCAAAGUAAACAAAUAUAAACAAGUAAGUUAUAAUUACUUAAUACUUUUGUUAUCAUGAGUGAUAUUUUUACUUUUUGAAUGCAUGCGUUUCUUGUACAUGAUGGUUACAAAGUCUAAUAAGUAAAAAGUAAAAAUUUUUAUCAGAUUUCAAUUAGCUGUAGUAUUGGAAAAAAUUAAAAAUAGUUUCGUCAGUAACUGAUUCAUUUUAUUACAAACCAUUUAAUAUUAAAUGCAGGUUUUUGGUGGUAGAUUUGAGAUUUGAUUAUCUCUAAAUCCUAUUAUUACUUAUGUAUUUUUUUAAGUAUCACAGUUACAAUGUUCUCAAUGAAGUGCAGAAUUCCUUAGUAGAAAGUUUAACAAAUUUACAACUACACAAGAAGUAAUAUAACCUUGACUGUUUUAUUUAAUUGUUUAAAAUAGUUUGAUAUAUUGUAAAUUGAUUUAUAUAAACUGUUAACCAUAACUUUAGAUUAUAAGUUUACCAAUAAGAAAAGGCUGUUUUGAAUUUGUAUCUACAAAAUAUUAACAAGAAACAGCAAAAUGUUCAUGACAAAAGUAACAUCUAAAAUAUGUUGGGGAUGAUAAAGUGAAAGAUGGGGCCUAAGAAUUUAAAAUGUGCCAAAUGAAUUUUCUGUAAAUUGUCUCUAACCAAUUAAAUGUAUACUUGUGAAUCGUACUGUAGCAUGGAAUGGUGUCUAGUAAAUUGUAUAUAUUGAUUGUAUAUGUUUAUGUAGAAAAUACACGUUUUUGUCGGUAA